GUAAAGGCUUAAGGGAGCCAGCCGCCAGCCAUGCUCUCGCUUCGAAGGGAGAGACAGCCAAUUCAGCAGCCGCUCAAGGAAGCCAGGAAGGAGCGACUGAACGGGACAGGGAGGGUCUGCGCACCGAUCGCGCGUCUCGAGGACACUGAGAAAAACGUAUGCCUGGCUGCUGUGACAUAGAAAUGAUCUCUUUGCCAUUGCCUGAUGGAGACGAUGCAGUGGGAGUUUGCAUCUUAACCUCUGCAGACCUUGAGUUGAAAGAGCACCUUCCUUUCCAAUCCAGAAGCCAUCUCAAGACCAAAGUAGACUGCAGUGCCAAAAAGAAAUACACAUCUGCAAAGAAGAAGGCGUUUGCUCUCUUUGUGAAAGCCAAGGAACUGGAAGUGGACAUGCCUGCUUGCCAAAGGGAAGUUUCCUGGAAAUGCUGCCAACAGACUUUCAAAGAUCUGACUGGCAUUCAUAGACAUGUGGCUUCUCAACAUUCAAGUGACGUUGGGCAGCAAGCAUCUGUGAUCUUAAAGCAGAUGGCCGGCAUCGGAAUUAACCCUACUUCCGUGAAUGAAACAUCUAAGCCCAACAAGACUCCAGACAGAAACCAAGAAGCGAUUUACAAGCUCCCAGAUAUAAGCCACAUUGAUACUAAUGAAAUGAAAAGUGAAGUUGGGGAAGUUUUGCUAUACUAUUGCUACUGCGAGGUGGCAGAUCCUGUGGGACUUUGUGUGUGGCAGAAGGCUUUAUGUCAGCAUCUGCAUCUAACUGGAAAGGUACGAAUUGCUUCAGAAGGAAUUAAUGGAACUGUAGGUGGGAGCAGGACAUCUACUAACCUAUAUGUGGAUGCAAUGCUAUCUCACCCCCUCUUCAAAGGCAUUUUGACAAAGGAAGAUUUCAAGACCAGUGCAGGAGGAGCCCACUGUUUCCCAGAUCUUCGAAUUGGUGUGUUUGAAGAAAUAGUGCCUAUGGGAAUUCACCCAAAAAAAGUCUCUUACAAAGAAACUGGAAUCCGUUUGGCUCCAAAGGAGUUUCAUGCAGAAGUAGAGAAAUACCUUUCUCAGGGUCAUAAUGCCCAAAUGGAUACAAUUUUGCUGGACUGCAGGAACUUCUAUGAAAGUAAAAUAGGGCAUUUCCAAGGCUGUCUGGCUCCCAACAUUAGGAAGUUCAGCUACUUCCCCAUCUACAUAGAUGAGAAUUUGGACCUUUUCAGGGACAAGCGCAUCCUGAUGUACUGUACGGGAGGAAUCCGCUGUGAGCGGGGCUCAGCCUACCUCAGGUCUAAGGGUAUAUGCACAGAAGUGUAUCAUCUCAAAGGUGGCAUCCACAAGUACCUAGAAGAAUUUCCUGAUGGGUUCUACAGAGGAAAGCUUUUUGUUUUUGAUGAACGUUAUGCCAUUUCCUCAAACAGUGAUGUCAUUUCAGCUUGCCGUUACUGUGGGACACUCUGGGACCAGUAUCGUCUUUGCUCUACCCAGCUCUGCCGUCAACUUGUCCUGACAUGUCAGCAAUGCCAACAAAAAGGGCUUACAGCCUGUUGUCCUCUCUGCCAAGAGAAAGGUCUUACACUGGCACCUUCAGGACAAACCUUCAAAGAGGAAUGUGAAUGUACAGGGACCCGGCAGCGGGUACCGGUGGAAUGCAUUUGACAACUCCUGAAGUUAUACUCCCUCAUGAUUGCAUGAGAUGCCUGUUCUGAGAUGUGUUUUAAUGGGAUUUGAGGGAGUUAAUUGGGGGACAGUUAAGCAGCUCUUCAGUUCCAGCUGCAGUCAAAGUUUCAGUGUGUGAUUGGAUUCCUCUCAGAAGAAAUUGCAUGGAGGAGAAAGAUUCGACCAUAUUUAGAGUCUUUCACCAAGACAACUUGAGGUUCUAACAUGUGAUGCUUUAGGAUGACCUAAUUUGCGAACAAUGAAAAAAAAAUAGAAAAACGGAUCUCAACUCAACAGGGAAGGCUAUAAUGCAUUUGCCAUUAAUUUUAAUAAGUUGCAUAGAAUUCUGUGCCAGUUAUGAAUGUUGCCGUCUAGCAGUAACAGAACUAAUGGGAUGUCAUCUGUUGACUGUGAAUUGGGCUGUAUUGCAGAGUUAGACAAGCUUUUUCAUCCUGAGGAUUACACUUUGGGCCAUAGGAAUUAGGGUUCUUAAUAUUGUAUAAUUAGAGUAAGAGGGGUUCAACCUUUUGAUCCAUUUUCAGGAGUGUUAGGGACAGAAGUACAGGUGCUCUUUUUGCUUCUUAAUUCCUGUAAAGAAGUCAAACUUGCCUCAGUUUUAGGGAAGAGAUGUUUCAGAAUUUAAAGGGCAUGUUGAAUAUCUAAAAUAUCUCCUAUCUGUAAAUAGGAGGAAGCUUUAUGUAUACCGCCUUAAAUUGCACAGAGAUGAU